UGACGAUCGGAUCAGUACAAAAUGUGCUUGCUUAUGUUAUGUUGGCUCGUAUUUGUUUCAUAAGCAGAGUUAGUAUUGGAAGCAGCGAGAGAGAGAGUGUGUGUGAGAGAGAGAUAUGAAUUAGAAUAGAGAGAAAGCGAAAACGAAAACGAAAACGAAAACGAAAAGGAGAGGUGUUAUUAUUGUGAGUUGUGGUGUGCACCAACACCAAGCAUAGCAAGCAAAGUGGCCAUAGAAUUCACGCUGGUUUCUCGGGAUUCUUAAUUUUCUUCUUCUUCUAUUUUUUCUUCUCUUUUUUGCCCCCAACAAGGAGGAGGUACUUGUCAUUGCUUCUUCCAAAGCUCUCCCUUUGAUCUCACGCCUCUCCCCAAUGUUUCACUCUUUCGUGUUGCUUCCUGCAUUGAUCUAAAUGGGAUUUUGUUUUUCCUUUCUCAAUUUCCAUUGGGGUUUGUGUUUGCUGAACUGGAGGCGGAUUCACCCAAUGAUUUUCUCUACACAAAUCAGAAUGACGUUGGAAUAACGAACUUUGAUUGGUUUCUGGGUGUAUUCAUAAAGGAUUUGCACACUAGGCAUUGAGCUUAUUGGUUAGAGAAUGUCCAGGCCUCUGCACAGAGGGGCAUCUGGGAUUCGGAUCCCUGAUAGCAACUAUGACUUGUGGGACUCGCAAUCCAAAGAUAAAGCAGAAAAGGAAGGUUUGGAUAGAAGAGGUUCCUCUGGCCUCAGCCCCUCACCCUUGAGGUCUCCCUUUAGGUUGCUUUUACCAGAAAAUUCUCAUUCCAAAUAUGGUGUCACUGAGAAUGGAUUCUCAUCUGAUCCCUUCAUCAUUGGCACCCCAAGAAGUAGGCAUAAGUUGGUUCUUCUUUUCUUGAAGUUUAGUUUAGUGUUUAUAGUUAUUCUUGCUCUUGCUGGAUCUUUUUGGUGGACAAUCUCAAUCUCAACUGCAUCGAGAGGUCACAUAUACCACGGUUAUAGAAGACUCCAAGAGCAACUUGUAUCGGACCUAUUGGAGAUCGGGGAGAUUUCUUAUGCUCCCUCAAGGCUGAAAGAGUUGGAAUUCUGUUCUCAGGAGUUUGAAAAUUAUGUUCCUUGCUUUAAUGUUUCUGACAAUCUAGCUCUUGGUUUUUCUGAUGGCAACGAGUUUGACCGGCAAUGCAGCCAUGAGCUCAGGCAAAAUUGUUUAGUUUUCUCACCAGCAAAUUACAAAAUUCCUCUUAGGUGGCCUACUGGGAGGGAUAUUAUUUGGGUUGCUAAUGUUAAAAUCACUGCACAGGAGGUUCUUUCUUCUGGAAGCUUGACCAAAAGGAUGAUGAUGCUUGAUGAAGAGCAAAUUUCCUUUCGUUCAGCCUCUCUUAUGUUUGAUGGUGUUGAAGACUACUCGCAUCAAAUUGCAGAAAUGAUUGGACUCAGAAAUGAAUCUAACUUCAUACAAGCUGGGGUUAGAACCAUACUGGACAUUGACUGUGGCUACGGUAGCUUUGGAGCACACCUCUUUCAAAGUCAGCUUUUAACUAUGUGCAUUGCAAACUAUGAGCCUUCUGGCAGUCAAGUUCAGCUUACACUUGAGAGGGGUCUUCCUGCUAUGGUUGCUUCUUUCACUUCAAAACAAUUGCCAUAUCCAUCUCUCUCCUUUGACAUGAUGCAUUGUGCAAGAUGUGCCAUUGAUUGGGACCGGAAAGAUGGCAUUCUCUUGAUUGAAGCUGAUAGACUUUUAAGACCGGGGGGAUAUUUUGUCUGGACUUCACCGCUUACAAAUGCUCGUGACAAAGACAGUCAGAAAAGAUGGAAAUUCAUACAAGAUUUUACCGAAAACCUUUGUUGGAAUAUGCUGUCACAGCAAGAUGAAACUGUAGUAUGGAAGAAAACUAGUAAAAGGAAGUGCUAUAGCUCAAGAAAGAAUAGUUCUCCCCCUCCUUUGUGUGGCAGAAGCUAUGAUGUGGAGUCUCCAUAUUAUCGAGAACUGCAAAAUUGCAUCGGAGGAACACAUAGCGGCCGUUGGAUUUCUGUUGAAGAGAGGGAAACUUGGCCUUCCAGAGAUCAUUUGAACAAGAAAGAGCUUGCAAUCUAUGGGUUGCAAUCUGAUGAAUUUGCUGAGGACUCUGAAAGCUGGAGAGCAGCAGUCCGUAAUUAUUGGUCUCUUCUGUCACCUUUAAUAUUUUCUGAUCAUCCAAAGAGACCUGGUGAUGAGGACCCUCCACCACCUUAUAACAUGCUAAGAAAUGUGCUAGACAUGAAUGCUCAUUUUGGUGGUUUUAAUUCUGCGUUGUUGCAAGCUGGAAAAUCUGUAUGGGUAAUGAAUGUGGUCCCUGUGAGUGCACCCAACUAUCUUCCCUUGAUCCAGGACCGAGGUUAUGUUGGCGUUCUGCAUGAUUGGUGUGAGGCCUUUCCAACGUACCCUAGAACCUAUGACUUGGUGCACGCAGCAGGACUUUUAUCCCUUGAAUCUGCUCAGCAGCGCCGAUGUACCAUGCUUGACAUGUUCAUCGAAAUUGACAGGUUACUGCGCCCAGAGGGUUGGAUUAUAAUUCGUGACACAGUUCCUUUAGUAGAGUCAGCAAGAGCUCUAACAACAAGGCUAAAAUGGGAUGCGCGAGUUGUAGAAAUUGAAAGUGACAGCGAUCAGAGACUCCUGAUCUGUCAGAAACCUUUCUUUAAGAAACAGGCAAAUUAAUUCAUUCAAAUCCAGAAGAAAUUAGACCAUAAUAUUCUUAUAUUCAUUUUCAUAAUGUUCAUUUAUUAUCAUAAUGCUCCGCCAUAGAAAGUGGGGAUUGAAAUUUUUGGACAGAAAAAAGCCGGAAAAACCAUUAGAGGAAACAGUGAAUUCUCGUCAAUGAUACCGCCACAACUCCUAUGUAGCCGUAAGGUAUAUGCAUAGGGCCUUGUAAUUAUCAAACGAGGAGCAGAGCAGAUGAAGAAGUAUACUGGUAGAUUUGAUUUUUCAUGUGAUUUGGUCUCAGUCUGAUUACAGUUACACAGACACAUGAUAGAAUAAGUUAUAUUUAUGUUUGCUGUGGUGUAUAAAAUGCUCAGCGGUUCAUUCCCCCAUAUUCGUAUAGAAUUAUUUUUCUGCUCUCAUUUCAUAGGUUCUUUAACGUCUUCUGUAACGACCCGGCAAAACUAUAUUUUGAUAAAUCUUGACAACUUUUAUAAUGGGAAAUCAAAAUCACAUUCUCCA